AGUUUUCUUUUAUCGUCGUAUACCUAAAAACAUCCCCUAUGCUUUUGAUGGGGCGCGUACCAUUUAUCCCUCAACAUUUUAGAUAACUCUCGGUCUCACUUUGUUUGUAACUGUAUACGCACAUCAGUAAGAGUAGGCGUCGCGGCGCGUGGUGUAGCCGCCGCCCGUCUUAAUAAUAAAAUAAAAAUUUUUUAUUUAUUUAUUAUUUUGACAUUUUCAUUAUCUAUUAUCAAUAAUCAAGUAAAUAUAUUUCACUAUUUUCCAACAACAACAACAACAACUUGAAAUUUUUUUUUAUAAAAUUAUUGAAUAUUAAUUAACAUUUGUUUAAAAAAUAUUCAUCAAAGUUCCAUAUCCGUCCGUGUGUUGAUUAUUUUAAUUUUUUAUUAUUUCUGUGAUUAUUAUGAAGACAAUCCCAAGGUGUCUUAACAACGAAAUAUAUAUUUUUUUUUUCUCCAGUGGUUAAUCAGUGAUUGAGUGUUGAUCAAACAAGCCAUAGAUAAAAGUAGAAAUUGUUGAGGCUAAAUUAAACAAGUGAAGUGAAUUUAAUUGAAGCUCUUCUUGACCAGUGUCUAUUUAAUUAUUAUUGAUAAAUAAAAAGAAACUAGUAUCAAUAUUAUAAUUGAUGUGUUAAAUGUCAAAAAUAUAUUGAUAUUAAAUUGAAGAAUAUUUAAAAAAAACAUCAGGGUGCGGCCAAGAGUAUGGCAGGAAUGAUACCAAUAACAAGAACAGUUGGUAAACCACGAGGAUACAGAGGUGCCGGUUCACCAGCUUCUGAAAUUGCAAUGGAUCCACGUAAUCUUGAUCCAGCUGCUGUUUAUUCAAAUACAUCAACACCACAAAUUACAAAUCAUCCACAGGUUGAUGUAUCGACCCAAGUUGACCUAAACUCAAGUAAUAUUCAUGAUUGGGAUCGUCGUGCAACACCAAUGUAUUCACGUGAAGAUUUUAAAGAACAAUAUUGUAUAACAAGUAGACAAUUAGAUGCUGUUGAAAAAUCAAGUAGUGGUAUAUUUGGUUGUUUAUCAACAAAAGGACCAUCACCAUGUACAACAACACGUGUAUCAAUAUUAUCAGCAUGUGUACGUGGUGCAUCAAGUGAUGAAAAUAUAUGUGAUGCACCAUAUCCAAGAAAGCCUUUUCAAAUUUUAUAUCAACAGCCUUAUUCAAAUUAUCAUCGUGGAAUAACAAGAUAUAAUCUUGAUGAUGAUGAUUGGGUUGAUACAUCAUAUUUUCGUCGUAGACCAACAUCAUUUUGUACAAUAUCUGAUCCAAAACGAUACACAUGGCUCCCUGAGGAUGAAGAUUCGAUAAGACUUGAGGGACCGAGGCCUGUUCUACCAUCAGUACUGCAAACACCACAUAGUGCAAUACACAAACCAAAACAUGUUAGUUUUGCACGUUCACAUACAUUGACAUCAUUUGAUGUUACAUCACUUAGUAGAAGUCCACCAAGAGCACAUAAUCCAGAGCGUCUCAUUGAUUCACAGCCAACAAUUCAAUCAACAACAACAAUAACAACUGGACCAGUCAUCUAUACACCACAACCAGAACAAAAAAUUCUUGUAUUAGAAAAAUCAAAAAGAGGUGCUAUGAAAGCACAAGCAACACAAACUGAUUUAUUAACUGGUCUACCAAGAAUACCAGUAACACUUAGUCCAAGAACAAUUCAACGUGUUAAAAUGGUAUCACAAGGUGCUCAAACAAAUGGCAUUAUAAAUGGACGUAAAUUAAUUAAAAGUUUAUCAGAAGCUGGAAAAUUUGGUACACCAUUAGGUAAAUCAAAAGAAGAAAAAAAUGAACAUGCUGAACAUGAACCAUUACAAAGAACACAAAGUGAAGAACCACCAAGAUCACCAUUUCUUGUUAAUACACCACCAAAAUCACCAAGUUUUAAUGAUGAAGAAGAAGAAAAAGAUGAAGAUGAAGACGAUAAUGAUGAUGAUGAUGAUAUUGAAAAUUAUAUAAACAAUGGUAUUAAAAAAUUAUUAGGAAAAAAUAAUGAUGAUGAAGAAAUAUUAAUUGAUUUUAAACCAGCACCAGUAUCACCUGAUAUUAAAGCUAUGAUAAGACAAAUGCCAUUUGUUUAUAGACGUCCAAUAAAUUUACAAAAAACAUUAUCAGAUGGUGAAAUUAGAAUUGAAAGAAGAGAACUUAUUGAUGAAGCUGGUGCACCAAGUUAUCCACAUACAUGUCGAAGAAAUUAUCAUGAUCCAUGGAGCAGACCUAAAAGACCAUUGACCCAAUUUUUUUCAACACCAAAUGAUUUAUCAUUAUUGAGGGUUGAUUCCCCUCAAGAAGAACACAAUGAAGAGGAAUUUCAUGAAAAUAUUAUUAGACGAGGAUUGUAUAGAAAAAGAAGUGUAUCAUUGGAAGAUGGAAUGCAAGAUUUACAAACAUGUGAUUUUAUUCUUCCUCGUUCAUUGCCAACAUCACCAACAUCACCAACAUCAAGUCCAGGAUCACGUAAAAUUAUUGAAAAUCCAAAAUAUGAAAUAAGAAGACCAAGUUUUUUACGUACAUGUCCAAUUGUCGGUACAGUAUCAUCACCAUUUGCAUCAAGUGAUUCUUUGACAAAUGACGUAACAAAAGAUCACAGUGAUGGAAUAUGGAAUGAGUCACAAGCAACAGUACUUCAAGCUGAUUCAUUAUCAUUAUUAACGCCAUCAUCAUGUAGACGUCAUUUAUUAUUAUUACAACAUCAACAACGUUCAUCAAUGGAUACAGAGGCACUUGAUGUUGAGGAUGAAAUGGAUUAUUGUCCACCAAGUCCAAGAAUACGUCUUGAGCCAGCAACUCCUAUUACACUUACUCCAAGUGAACCAUCAAUACUAUUAACAAAUGGACGAUCUCGAGUUAGUUUACAACGUCGAAGUCCAGGAUCAUCAUAUUCACAGCCUCAAUCACAAUCAUCAAGUGAAAUGGCACUUAGUAUUGGUAGAACAGAUUCAGGAAGAACAUAUACAACUGAUUUAUCUGAAGCAUCAACAACUGAAGAUUAUGUUACUGCAAAUGCUUCAAUUGGUACUUGUACUGCAUCAGCAACAACAAGUUCUUGGUCAAAAGCUGGACAUAAUCAACUUUCAUCAAGUACAGCACCAUCUGGACCUACAUCAACAACAACAACUGCUGCUGAUGGUAGUUCAUUUGAAAGUGCAAGUUCAAUUUACAGUUUAGCAAGAAGUGAGGCUGUCAUUGAAGAGCCACCAAGUCCCAGGAUAAUACAUAAAGAGAUUGAAAUAUCAGUUACACACAGUGAUAUAAUACCACCAUUAUCAAGAACACGUUCAUCAAGUAGUAGUAGUUGUGGUAGUUAUGAUCUUGAUGAUGCUGUACCAGAACCAUCACAAGAUAAUUAUCAAAUGGCACCAUUAAGUGGACAUACAUCUGAUGCUGAUAUAGAUAAUGAUUUUUUACCACGUAAUAAAGAACAUCGUCGUUUAUCAUCAGGUGAAUAUGCAGAAUCACCACCAGAUAAUCAUACAUGGACCGAGGAAGAAUGUCAUAAACGUCGUAAAAAUUUUAAUAUAAAUUUUUCAAGUUGUAUUGAAAAUGAACGUAAUAAUAAUAUUCAUCAACAAGAAUAUUAUAUUGAAAGUGCUGAUGUUAGUCCAACACCAAGUCAUCGUCAUCGUUCACGUGGUAAAAUAAAUAAUAAUAAUAGAAAUUUAUAUAGAAAUAAUAAAAGAAGAGAUUCAGCACAAGCAAUAUUAACAAAAACAUCACAAAAAGAUGAUUGGUCACGAGAUAUUAUUGAUGAUUCAAUACAAAUACCAACAUCUGAUGAUUCAAGUUGUAGUCAUCAUUAUCAUUUAUAUCAUCAUCAUCAUCAUGUACAUAAUCAAGAUAAUAAUAGACACAGAAGAACACGUGAAAGUCCAAGAAGAAAAACAAGUGGAUAUGUAUCAGCAAGACGAAGAAGUAAUGAGGAUAAAAAUGCAGCAUUAACUGGUAGCUUACCAAGAAGACGUUCAAGACCAAUUGAUGAUAUAUGUUCAAGUCAUUUAAGUCCUGGUGGUAGAUAUACACGUAGUCCUGGUCACAAUGGACAAACAACAAUAAUUAUUAAAUCAUCAACACCAGAAACAAGAUUAAAAGCUGUAUCUGCUGAAUCUUUGAGAUCAGUUAGUCCUGGAAGUGACAGUGUUUUUUACAGUGAAAGUGCUGAACCAUGCUCAAUCAAUCAUGAUUCUCAUCAUUGUCAAAAUUGUGGUAAAGAGGUGGUAGAGGAAAUUGUUCAACCACCAGCUGGUUUUGCAGAUUCACCAGAAGGACCACGUACAACAAUUGUAUCAAAACAUGUUACACAUAGAUUAUAUAAAAAAUUUGAUAAAAGAUAUAGAUCAGAAGAUCGUGGUGAACGUAAAUAUCAUCGUAAUAAUAGUAGAUCAGAUGUACGUGCUAAAUCAGAAGAACGUGGUGGUAGAUCAUCAAGUAAAGGUUCAAUUGAAGAUGGUAUUAGAAAACGUUUACAAGCUAGAAGUACUGAUGUCAGUAUGGAAGCACUUGCUUAUCGUGAAGAUGAGGAUUCUUAUAUUCAGCCAUAUACAGAAAAUGAAUGGAUUUAUAUUGGUGAACUUGAAGAGAGUCAUGUAUGGAAAAGACCAGAUAGUCGUGAUGGUGAUGAUGAAUCAUCAGAGGGACCCUUGAAAGAUCGUAGAGGUUCACAAGGUUCAACUGAAAGUGAAAAAUCAUUUAGAAAAAAAUAUCAAGCUGCAACACAUAGAAUGGUUCAUCGUAAAAGCUCCGGGGAAAUGUAUAAACGUAUUCAAAGCAAGAGUUUUGAGAGUGACAAAACAGUUAUUGUAAAACGUGAAGCUGGUGGUGAAUUUGGAUUUAGAAUUCAUGGUUCAAAACCAGUUGUUGUAUCAGCAAUUGAACCAGAUACACCAGCUGAAACAUCUGGUCUUGAAGUUGGUGAUAUUAUUAUGUCUGUUAAUGGAAGAAGUGUUAUGGAUGCAACACAUUCUGAAGUUGUUAGACAUGCACAUUCUGGACCAGAUAUAUUAGAACUUGAAGUUGCUAGAACAUGUGAUGUACUUGCACCACGUGUUACAAGAAGUGGACAAAAAGAAAAUAUUGAAGUACCACUUUAUUCAGGAUAUUUAUGGAGAAAAGCAACAUCAACAACAUCAACAACAUCAACAACAAGUAUUAAUUUCACAGGUUCAUUAACUGAUAAAUGGGUUAGAAGAUGGUUUUCAUUACGUCGUGAUAAUUGUCUUUAUUACUACAAGACUGAUACAGAUUCACAGCCAGUUGGAGCUGUAAUGUUACUUAAAUAUGAUGUUGAGACGACAUCAGAAAUUAAGCCAUACAGUUUUAUUAUACGAAAACAAGGAGCACCAAUUCAUCAUUUAGCUGCUGAUAAUGAAGAAGCUGCAAGAAGAUGGAUUAAUGUUAUACGUGAAGCUGUUGAAAGAAAUAAUCAGGCUGAUACGUGGCUUGAUGCAUCAUUGAGAAUGCAGUACAUGCCAGCUUCAUCAAUUCAACGACCAGAUUGUUUUGGUUAUUUAAGUAAACAACAAGAUCGUGCUAGGAAAACAUCAUCACCAACUGGUUGGUCAAGACGUUAUUGUGUAUUAAAAGAUGCUGCAUUAUAUUUUUAUAAUGAUGCUAAUGCUGAUAAAGCAUUUGGUGUUGCAUGUUUACAUGGUUUUCGUGUACAUGGUAGUGCACCAAAUUCUGGUGGUAGAAAACAUGCAUUUGAAUUACAACCACUUGAUCCAACACAACGUUGUUAUACAUUUUCAACUGAUUCUGAAAUGGAUAAAAAAAGAUGGCUGGCAGCACUUGAGUACUCGAUCGACCGAUGGAUAAAGGUAGGCUAACGUGUCUCAACCAAUCAACAAGAAUAAAUUAUAUACAACCAAGAAAAUAAUAAUAUU